UGGUCAUAACAUGUCUUCAUCCAAAAAGUAACAAUGUGAUGAACAAAUAAAUCAAAUUCUAAUCUAACAAGUGAAAAGUUGUGAACUAAUAAUUGUAAUUGUGUCAUGUAGUAAGGAAUAUUCACAAUUGACCGUUAUGCAAAAACUACUCCCAUUUCUCAUCUGUGUGAAACGAAUAAGCUGAUAAAAUGACGAGACGAAUAGGUUUCGUCCUAUUGCUGAUUUCAUCAAACUGGAUUCAUUGCCACUGUUUUGCUGCACCGGAUUUAAAUGCACCUGUAAAUCAUAAACCAAACUUUCACAAUUGUGGAGAAUACAAGCCGACAUUAAAAGAAGAACAAGAACCUGGGACAUCUGUACUCCGCGUGACCGCCACUGAUCGAGACCAAUCUCAAACGAUAAAGUACAGUAUUGCAAAUGAAACGAGACAAGAACAGCGUUUCGCCAUCAAUAAACAUACUGGCGAGCUCUCUUCGGCAUACAUCUUCGAUCGAGAUCCUCCGCAUCGGGAUACCGAGUUUUACAUCACGGUACGAGCGACCGAUAACGGUCAGCCCAGUCUGGAUGAUGUGUGCACGAUCAAAGUGACAAUUCUAGACAUCAAUGACAACCCACCAGUGUUUGAUAAAGACUUUUAUGAAGCGUUUGUCUCCAUGAAUACGACACUUCGCCAGCUAGUGACCAUCAUCACAGCAAAGGAUAUCGACGACGAAACAAAUAACGUUGUUAAUUUCGAAAUUGUACAGGAAUAUAAAGAUGGCAGUUACUUCGAGAUUGACCAACACACUGGCGUGCUAGCACUGGUUAAGCGCAUCGAUCGCAAACCAGGAGAGUAUUAUGCGCUUCGUGUUCGCGCUUACAAUCAAGGUUAUAUAGAAAACGAAUCAGAAAACCCAGAAGUUGAUGUGAAGGUACACAUAAUUGACGCUGAGAAACGCUUACCAUAUUUCACCAAAGUGCCAGAAGUUCCUGUCAUAUUACACGAAAAUUUCACUGCAUUUGAUCAGGUAUUGGCAGUGUUUGAAGCGAAUUCAAAUAUAAACAACGAUAGCAACGUUAUUUUUAAAUUAGUGCGAGGUAAAUUUGAACAGACUAACUCAAUGAAUACAUUCCUAUUGGAGCAGAUUAAUAAUACAGCCCACAUUAAGCUGGCAAGAGCGCUCGAUUAUGAAAGCGUCACCGAAUACACGAUAACGGUGAGAGCUACAAACAGGCACGAUUUAGCGGCGGAGGCUGUGGUGAAGAUCAUUAUCCUGGACGUGAAUGAUAAUGUUCCGGUGAUCAUUAAAGAUGUAUCAUGUGUGCAGUAUGAACUCAUCGAUACUUCACCGGUAUUUCAAAUACACGCGUACGAUUUGGACGGUACGUCAGCUAACAAUAUCAUUUCGUAUAGCAUUGCUGAACAUAAUCAACAGCAUUUUGCAAUUGAAACUCAUUCGGGAACCAUAACGAAACGGAAUAAGCUGUUUGAUGAUGAAAAGGACAUUUAUUUUAUCAAAAUAUCUGUUGAAGACAACGCACCAUCUGACUUACUCCGAAAUGGUAAACCAAACGUGCAUUCACACACGUUAAUAGUUAAAAUUAUCAACAGAAACACUAACAGCAUUCCACAGAUUGCAUUAGCUAACAUUCAAGGACAAGAACAGCGUUGCAGUAAUGGUAACAAGUUUCAAGAAGUUCUAAGUUAUGAGCAGAGUAAUUAUACCAACGAAAAGUUCAUCAUUGUACACAAUUAUGAUAGCAAGUUUACAGAUAAACUGAUAGGAAGUGUGUACGUCGAUCAUGAUAUUGAAGUUCUUUCAAAUAAGAUGUUCUUUUGGAAUGAAAGGAUGAGUACAGAAACAAAGAAAUAUUUCAGGUUCAAUUUCAAAAACGGUAUGAUCACGAUGAUAAAAGGUACACCUGAAGGAAUAUACAAUCUAGAAUUUACAGUGAUUGAAGAAUCAUCCUAUGUUUCACAACACAAAGUAUCUGCUCGUGUAACGGUGACAGUGAAGAACAUCUCGGCAAAAACAGUCAACCAGAGUGGAUCGAUUCGCUUCUACAAUGUAACGGCUGGGACAUUCAUAUCUCAGACACUGGGUGAGCUCUACACACCCAUGUAUCGACUUCAGCAAAGCAUUGCAAGCAUUCUGGCUACCAGCCCAGAUCAGGUGGUCAUAUUCACGAUCAACAAUCGUAAGCUUGCCCGGGGUGCAUUCUUGGACGUGUUCUUUGCAGUAGAUGAUACUAUUUACACAUCGUCAGAGGUCUUAAAUGCAGUGUUAAGUUUGCAUCUACGCCAAUUGGAGGAAGACGUCGGUUAUCGGAUUGUGAUGGUUGGCAUAGAUGAAUGCAUUGCAAAGGGUCAUAUGUGUAAGCAGGCAUGUAAGAACAAGGUCCUUAAAACAGCAAAACCAAUCGUAGUGCACACCAACACUAGCUCGUUUGUGGGAAUGACCACAUUGGUGCAAGCAGAGUGCAUCCCACAGAUAGAAUCUUCACUAGUAGCAUGCUUCAACGGUGGCACUUUCCAGAAUGAUCGAUGUAAAUGUCCCAUGGGGUUCGAAGGUUCCCAGUGUGAAAAAUUGGACAUCUGUUUUAAUGGAAGUGGGUAUGCAAUCUAUCCAUCGAUCAACAGUGGUAACUUAAACCACAUUAGCAUUGAGUUAUUGCCCCGACUAAAAGACGGGUUGGUAUUCUACAUGGGUCCUCUGAAGUAUGACCCAUCUUUGAAGGCAUCACCUUUUCUGGCAUUGGAAAUCAACGAUGAUAUGUUGGUCUUACUUUUGGACUAUGGAACUGGGACGAGCCGUUUCGAGCAUCAACAAAUAGUUUUACACGAGAUUACUAAAGUUCAGAUUAUUUUACAGCCAUAUAAGAUUGAGAUAAAAACAGUGAACAAUAAGAUGGGAAGCAGUAGGAGUCAUUAUGAAAAUAAGGAUUGGAACGGGUUUCUUCCAGGUAAUGUGUCCCUUCAACUAGGAGUUUCAUCAAUUAGUCUCGAUAAGCUGGGAUCGCUAUACAGCUGGAAACAUGUACCAUUUACGAAGAGUUUCGAUGGUUGUCUACGCAAUCUUACAAUAAACGGGCGCACGAUGGACUUUACCCAAACGAGUCACAAACAUAAUGUUUUAUUCAAUUCCCAGGGAUUCACAGCAAUAGGAGAACAAACGUUUUCGGUAUGGAUUGUAACUUCAAGUAUAGCGAUAAUGGCGAUGUCGAUACUAAUCGUUAUACGAUUAAAGGACUUCUUAAAAUCAUGGAUUAAGAUAUUAAUCAGAGCACCACAAACAGAAUCAAUGGAAAUGAUGAUAUAAUUGCAUCUUACACCUGAACAAUUACCAUCCUUUACCGAAGGCGAUGAAAGAAGAUGCGGAUUGUUGAGUGGUAUGUCAACUCCUUAAAAUGAUUCUGAUAUUUGUAUUGGACUCUUAAUCUCUUAGGGCAGCUGUGCCAAACUCGUUGCAUCAGAAGGCUGCAGGUACAGAUUUUCAGUGAUUCGCGGGUCGCAAAGUUGAGAAUAAAAAAUGUACCCCAAUUUUUAUAUAACAUACUCUUUUAGUUCAGUAUUGUUAAAUAAACUCACUUUUUUGUACUCCUCGCUUAAAAUCAGGAUUCGUUUUAUAUUCACAAAUUUACGAUUUUAUUUUUCUUUGUGAUCUUUUUUAUGUGAGAAAAAUGUAUGUACUUUUAAAGUCACAUACAAUUUCUUUUAUCCUUAUUAUAAGCCGCGUUUGGACACGGCAUAUUCUGAUAGAAAAUAUCUUUCAAACACACUUUUUCACUGAGGUAGGAGAAGUCUGGUGCCGGUCUGGUGGUACAGUCCCUAACUUGUACGACUUAACAACAUGCCCGAUAUGGGUUCAAGCCCCUAAUAAACC